GUUUCUCCAAUCAUCAAUCGUUAAGCCGGCGGUUUUAUAUAUACAAACCCCAGCAAAAAUUAUACAGCGGAGGAUGUGCCAUUGUCGUGUAGUGUGAUUGAAAGGUAACAGUGCUAAUUGAGGAUGGUGAUGCGGUACGUUGUCGAGGUGGAAAGAAAUCAUCAUCAUCUUAGCUGCUCGCGACAGAAUUUCGCCUGCUGAUGAAUCGGAGGCUGAGCUGUGUGUGUGUAUAUAUCUCUCGGAUAUAAUUACAUAAGGAUUCGGGGCCGGUAAUUAUCAGACAAGAGAAGAGAUCCGAGUGACGCCGCCGCCGCUCUCUCUUUUUAUUCAUUCGUGAUUAUACUGCAGCGCGGUUGCAUAUGGUUUAGGAUUACACAGGGACUAUUGUACGGUUGGUGUUGACUUGAUUGUGCUGCGGCUGCACAUUUGCAUCUCUGUGGUCGGUCAGACCGGAAACGCCAACUGGUUGGCGCCACCGUCCCCCUUCCCACACCUGCCCAAUCGGAACCAUGCUACGUCCACAUCUAUCAGAUCUCAUUGUCUUCCUCAUUUGCUCUGUGCCAGUAUUGUCCACGCCCGACCACGAGGAUGUGGCACUCGCCCGUGAAAAACGUUCCCUCUUUCCCUUUGUUGUGGGAGAAACAAUCCUCGACAUACAAUGCAAACGAGGCUACCUAACGGUUUGCGCACCAGAUGGACCGGACGCCUGUCCGAUCGGCUAUUCCUCCCAGACUAACGUCGGAGUAUGCGGAUUCGCAACUCUUAACCACUACCUCAAUACGAGCAAUCUUGCCGGAACAUGCUGCUACAAACUGGCGGAUACAUCGGCUACCACCACAACCGGGGCAUCGACCUCGUCCAAUUCCACGGCACAGACCAUCCUUACUCCGCAAAUCAUCGCCUACCCGGUGUAUGCUCAGUAUCCGUAUGCUAUUAGCAGCGGUUCCAGCUCCACCGGCACGGGCAGUACCGGCACCGGAACUUCCACCGGCAUGGGCAGCAGCUACGGCAGCAGUUAUAGCAUGACUCCAUCCUCACCAUCGUCACCAUCUAGCCCAUCCUCUUCCUACAGCUACAGCCCGAGCCCCAGCCCCACGCCCAGCCCCACUCCGGGCGCCACCCCAUCCCCCACUUCGUCGUACGGACGCUCCCUGUACGCUGCUGCUGGUCGGCAGUACAGCUCGCCGUCCUCGCCAUCGUCGCCAUCCACAUCGUACGGAUCGUCUCCUUCAUCACCCUCGACCUCAUACGGAUCUUCCUACGGUUCCAGCACCGGCACCGGAUCGACCGGGUCAACCGGAUCCACCGGCUCAACAGGGUCAACCGGCACCAGCGGCACGGUCGUUUACAACCCCAGUGCUCUGGCCUAUCCUCCGCUUCUGCAGCUGACCAGUAUUCCCGUCCCCAACGGUAGUCUGUUUAACCCAUACCCACCGGCCAUGAACGUGGCCGUCUUCGGCAGCAGCACCCCGUUGGCGAACGCCCUCCAGAGCCUCCUCGCGCAGGUGGUCGGUUCCACGCUGGUUUCGACCACGGUCAUCAAUCAGCUCCAGAACGCGCUGAUCCUGGUUCUGAACACUCCGGGAUGCACCACCCAGGUGCAGUCCACCGUCCAAUCCGCCACCGCCGCCGUCUCCGCCAUUUCCGGUCUGAAUGCGGCAGUCGGGGCGACCAUCACCUCCAUCAACAGUAUCCUUGCAGGUCUGAACUGCGGUAGCAGCACAUCGGCAACGACCGCCGCGCCCGGAGUGACCACCACCUCGUCGACACCGUCCGCUGGAUGCUAUGCCCUCUCCCUGCCGAACUUGGUACCGCAGUUCCGGUUGUUCUUCAAUGCCUUGCAGAACACCGCUGUGGACAGCACGACGCUGAACAAUCUCGGCGCCUUUAAAGUGCAGUAUGAAAAUUCGCCGGUGCUGACACCCUGCCGCGUCGCCACCCUGAACACUAUUCUGACGUCGAUCGCCGCAACAUCCGGUCUGCCGAGCGUGCUGCUGCAGUCCACCAAGAACUUGCAGUCCGGUUUAAGUGCAUACAGCACGUACAACGCCAACGGCAACACCGUGUCUCUGCUGCAGACCCUCUACCAACUGUCGGCCACCAACCUCGGUCUGGACCCGACCGUCUUUAACGGACUGGGCGCCAUGGUGGCCCAGACCGCCGGUCUGACCUCCAUCCCGGGCAGCAACUUCCUGAACGACAGCGUCCGCGAGAUUACCCGCUACGUCGCACAGUCCUACCAGACACCGCUGAACCAGAUGAUUUUGGCAAAGGUCAUCAACUGCCGCGUUAGUGGCGUGUCGGUUUGCUUGCCGUUGUCCUGCUCGUGUGGCUCCUCCACGCCCAGCACCAGCGCAACCACCGUCUCACCCGGACCGAGCUCAUCGGUGAUGACCUACUAUCAGAUCCCAGGAUCGCCGUCGUCUCCGUCAUCCCCAUCGAGUUACUCGGCAAGUCCCGUUAGUUCGUCGUACGGUUCCCCAUCCCCCUCACCUAGCUCGAUGACCCCGAGCACGAGCUAUGGCUCGUCGCCGGCGAGCCCCAGCUCACCGACCCCGGGCACGAUGACCCCGAGCACCAGCUACGGCUCACCGUCCCCGAGCACCAGCUACGGCUCACCGUCCCCGAGCUCCAUGACCCCGAGUACUAGUUACGGCUCGUCGAGCUACGGCUCUUCGAGUGGUACAUCCGGGUCAACGGGUUCGAUGGGCAGCGUAUCGAAUAAUGCUCCCUCCCUCGUGGUCAACCAGGGUCUGACCCCGAUUAGCGCGGUGAACAACACAGUACAGAACUAUCCUCCUUUCCUGCCCAUCUAUCCGGUCUUGGCGACCGCACCGGGUGGAACCGGAUCAACGGGUGUCUCGAUUUCUCUGCCGGCGUCCAACAUGAGCGCCUAUCAGUAUGGCUAUCCAUCCGGACUACCGCAGUAUCCAGUGUUGCCGUACUAUGUUAACUCGGGUUCAUCCGGUAGCAGUGGUAGCAGCGGCGGCAGCAGCGGUAGCUAUGGCAGCAGCCCGGGAUCGGCCAGCUACGGUCCAGCCCAGAUGGGAUCAUACGGCAGUUACGUGACCAGCGCUCCGACCAUGGCGCCUACCAUGGCACCUACUAUGGGACCAACCAUGGCACCAACCAUGGCGCCAACAAUGGCACCUACAAUGGCACCUACAGUUGCGCCCACACCAGCAGUCACUACAGCGCCUACUCAAGCCGUGACCACGACAACGACCACAAUGACCACAACCACCACCAGGGCAACAGUAGCCCCCACCACUAUGUCCUCAUAUGGGAAUGUAUAUGUCGCACCGGCUUCCUCCAACAUGGUGGCGUCACCGGGUGGCAGUACCGGCAGUAUGGGCGGUACCUCCGUCGGCGGUAGCGGCUAUGGUUCCUCACCGACGUCUUACGGAAACUCGCCCACUCCAAUGCAACCGACACCCGGCGGAUAUGGUUCAAGCCCCACCCCUUCGCAGCCAACACCCGGCGGCUAUGGAUCGAGUCCGACUCCUUCGCAACCGACACCAGGCGGAUAUGGAUCAAGCCCAACGCCUUCGCAACCGACACCAGGUGGCUAUGGAGCUAGCCCUACCCCAGCCCAACCUACACCCUCACAACCGACACCCGGUGGCUACGGAUCCAGCCCAACGCCGGGAGGUUAUGGAGCCAGCCCGACGCCGUCGCAGCCUACUCCAUCGCAACCGACCCCCGGUGGUUAUGGAUCGAGCCCCACGCCUUCGCAACCGACGCCCGGUGGUUAUGGAUCCAGCCCGACGCCUUCGCAGCCAACACCAGGCGGAUAUGGAGCUAGUCCUACCCCCGCCCAGCCCACACCUUCCCAACCCACACCGGGCGGCUAUGGAUCCAGCCCAACUCCCGGAGGUUAUGGAGCCAGUCCUACCCCGGCCCAGCCUACACCUUCGCAGCCCACUCCAGGAGGGUACGGAGGUAGCAGCUACGGAUCGAGCACCGGCACCCGCGAGGCUAACGCUCCCAACCGCAUCAGCAUCGACGCGAACAUGAACGGCCAACCCGGAAAUGUUGUCGUCCCACCAGCCGUCGCACCGCAGCCGAUGGUACCAGCCAUGACCGGAAACAACGCCGAAUCCAUGUUCCCCAUGACCAAGGAUUUGGAUACCUGCGGUAUUCCCCACGCCAGCCAACAGGGAGAUAUUGCAUUCUUGAUUGCCAACGGACAAAAGAGCUCUCGUGCCAACAUCUACCGAUCGAAACGCGCCGCCAACCAGCGUGAAGCGCGCAUCACCAACAGCAUGGUCGCCAAGGAUAUGGAAGUCUGCUGGAUGGCCGCUAUCCUGCUCGAUGGCAAAUACCAAUCCGGUGCUUCCAUUGUAUCCGAGUGGUUCGUCUUGACCGCUGCACACGAAAUCGAUGGCCGUGACAUUUCGCGCCUGCGCAUCCGUGUCGGUGAUGUGGACGUCCGUCAGAACUCCCUGGAUCGCGAUGAACGACCCGGCUGCAUCCAGGAUGUGGGCGUAGACAAGAUUAUUUUGCACCCUGAUUUUGAUCGCAAGACCCUGUCGAACGAUGUCGGCCUGAUCCGUCUGAAACAGCCGCUGAACAUGAACUCGCCCUGUGUGUGCAAGAUCUGCCUGCAAGAAGAAGGACCCCAGGAAGGCGAGACCUGUGUUGUUUCCGGUUUCGGUUCCACCCGGGUGGUCGACCCCAGCAAGACCAAGACGGAAGAGGAUGCCUUCGCCCUGUCGGGACCUAAUGCUGAGAUCCUCCGUUAUGCCGGCAUUCCCAUUGUCGCCAACGAUGUAUGCUCGGCUGCCUUCAAGAACGAACGGUUAGCGCCAAAACUCAAGGCUCCAUUCGGUGUGUUGGACGAUACACAGCUGUGUGCGGGAGGAAUUUCACAGCGCGAUGCUUGUUACGGCGAUGGUGGAUCGCCACUGGUUUGCUUUAAUGGAAAGAGCUUCUACCAAGCCGGUGUUGUGUCCUAUGGACGCGGUUGCGGCAAAGCCCUGAUGGCCGCCGUAUACGGCAGCGUCACAGCAGCAGCACCUUGGAUAACAACAGAAAUCGUCACCGGCAGGCCGUAACACGCACCUGCGGACGGACCGCCCUACAAGACCGUGUGUUUUUCUUCCUUUCAGUAAUUGUGUCGUACAAUGCAGCGGAUAUCCUGUUGUACAUUUUGGCUCAAACGUGACAGAUAUGAUGUCCCAUAGGCGUUAAUUGUUAUAAUUGUAGCAGGUAACUACUGAAUAGUUUUUUUAUUAUUCAUUAUGUAUAGAAAUGUUGGAAGCGCUGGUCGCCGACAUGUUUCGUUUUCAUUUUCCGUUAAUUUGCAGUUUCUCCAUGGUUUGCAUGUAUGAAAGUUGUGUAAGAAAAAUCUCUGUGUUA